AUGGCCCCAGUGAUGAAGAAGAUGGAGGGUUUCCCAGAAUCCUUCACAUCCAGAUGCCUCAUUCUCCUCAUCCUCUUUCUCCAACUGCUCACACUGGGCUCAGCUCAGUUUGCCGUGAUAGGGCCUGAUGAGCCUGUCCUGGCCCUGGAAGGAGAAGUUGCUGUGUUACCCUGUCACCUUGACCCCAAGAUGCCUGCUGAAUUCAUGGAGAUGAGAUGGUUCCGAGCCCAGGUUUCUAACAUUGUCCACCUGUAUAGUAAUGGAGAGGAUCAGUUUGGAGACCAGAUGGAGGAGUAUCAAGGGAGGACGGAGUUGGUGAGAGAUGCCAUGGAUUAUGGGAGUGUGGCUGUGAGAAUACACAAUGUCAGAGUCUCUGAUGAGGGAAGGUUUCACUGCUCUUUCUAUGAUGGCCAAGAGUAUGAAGGAGCCCCUCUGGAACUGCAGGUAGUUGCUCCCCUCUUCCCCACGGCUUUAUCCUUGAUGGUGGCUCUGGGUGUGACCCUCCCUGUGCUGGGACUGCUCAUCGUUGGGGGUCUUUAUCUCAUCUGGAAACACCUCAGGGAAAAAGAGAAACUCCAGAUGGAUAUCAGGUGGAGUUUGUUCCAAGUACAUGAGGCCGACGUCACUCUCGAUCCAGACACGGCGCAUCCCGAACUCGUCCUGUCCGAGGAUCGGAAACGGGUGACACGGGAAGAGAAGUGGCAGGACCUGCCCUACAACCCGGUCAGAUUCAGAGGUUCUGUCUGUGUGCUGGGCCGCCAGCUCUUCACCUCCGGGAGACAUUGCUGGGAGGUGGAGGUGGGAGAUGCAGUUGGCUGCUAUCUGGGGGUUUGUAGGGAAAAUGUGAGGAGGAAACGGGCGAUCUCGGAGUCCCCUGCGGAUGGAUUCUGGACCUUGGAGAAAGAUGGAGAUGGAUACUGGGCCGGUACUUCUCCCCACACCCAUCUCGCCCUGGCCAGAGCCCCACUCCGGGUGGUGGUUUACCUGGACUACGAGGCUGGAGACGUCUCCUUCUACAGUGGCACUGACGGAUCCCACAUCUACACUUUCGCCCGCGCCGACUUUUCUGGGACCCUCCACCCUUUCUUCCGCCUCUUGUACUACGGUGAUUCCCUGACCAUCUGCCCCGUGCCUGGUGGGGCUGGGGAAAACCCUGUCCCUGCCCCCGCUCAGGAGACUCCAUUGAGCCCCCCCGGGGUGGGACCAGCCUCAGCCCCUGGAGAUGGGGAUCCUCUCCCUGGGGCCGAUGCCCAAUUGCUCCCCCCCCAGCCCAGCCCCGAGGUCCCUCCUGCCCCUUAGGGAGCCGCCCGGCCCCUGCCCUCUGCCCCCCUGCAGCUCUCCGGUCCCUCCCGGAGCUGCAGCUGCCUGUGUCCUCGGCUCCUCUGCUGCUCC